AUGGAUAGCGAAACUAACUCCUUGCUGAACGUGCCGAUUACUGACGCUGAGCGAAGAGCGCGACUCCAGUCGCGUGGUGAACAUUCACGUUCUUUUGUAUCCCAACCCCAGAACAAUCAGCAUGAACGAGAUCGCCAGUUCACUCGAUUCAGCUCACUGCGACAUCCUGGGGAGCGCUACGAUGAUCCGGAACAGCCCUACCAGAACUACUCGGGCACUACGACAGGAUCAUCAACGUUACCCAACAUCGAGGAGGAAAACCUGAUCUUUUCGGAACACGAGGACGAUGUACCCAUAAUUCGACAGACGCGAUCAUCCACGUUCCCACGUACCAACCAGUCUGAGUAUGCGCCUCUUCCAGAACUGCAUAACCCUCAGAACCCUAAAUCACAGCAUUCCCAAGGCUUGCCGCUAAAGUUGUGGCAACCAGUAUGGCUUAGGAAACUAACUUUGGCGUUGGUUGCGACUCUGUUGCUUGUUUUGAUUGCUGGUCUUGUUGCCACCUGCAAUAGGAUAGACAGUGACGGCGGAUUUCGUGUAUCAUCUACGACUCAGCAUUACGCCUGGACUUAUUUACCGACUGUUGUUCUGGUGUUCGUCGUCGCAGUGUGGCGACAGAUUGACUUCCACACCAAAUCCUUGACACCAUGGAAGGCACUCGCCCUUGGCCCAGAAAGUCCUUUCGAUAGUAUCGUGGUCGACUACAUCUCAGAUUUCCAAUUUGUUUCUUUGCUUGCUGCGUUCAAGCGAUUGCAUAUCCCUGUGGUGAUUACGAUAUCGGGCCUCAUCAUCUCUCUUGCCGCCACGAUUGCAAGUACAGGGCUUUUCUACACAGGACCAAAGGACAUCGUAGAUAACUUCUCCACAGCUGCUACUUCAUCGUUCGACUCGGCACAACUCGAUCCUUCCAUCCUCAGUAUCAGCACUUUCCCGAACAACUCCGUGUAUGCCUACACUCAAGUUGUGAUCAAUGGUCUAGCACCUCAAGUCGGUGUUGCUCCCGGCUUCGCAUAUCUUAUACCAACCUUACAGUCUAGCUCCAGACCUGAGCCUGCGAAUGCUACUUUCACUGCGACCGUGGAUACGUUUGUGCCCUUGAUAACGUGUCGUGCAGCAAAUGUAACAGUCAACGGCCAGGCCACAAUCGAUAUAGUCGAUCUUCCUUACAACUCAACCGACCAGCCUUUCGGAUUGCCGACGAAUCUAACAUUAACCAUCAACGAAGGCGACCUUUGCGCUUCUUAUCCGCGACUGAGUUUCUCUGGGCUUGAUCCCCUACACUAUAUUGUGCCUAGUCAGACCCUGGAAACCAGGUCGCAAGAGCUGUUUUGCGAUAGUAAUCCGAGUGCAGACCCGAUCCUCUUGUUGACGAUGGUUGAGGUCGCCUAUAACCAAGAUCUCUUGACUAACGUAACGAGAGAGGAGGGAGGGGAUUUGCCUAUAGCUCUCACAGCCUCAAGGUCAAUCUCGCGGAUGGUCAAUGUGUUGUGCCAAGCCGAUUACACGCUCAGCCAGAUCAAUGUAACAAACAACAUCGCCCUAGAAGGUAUUGCAGCCAUAACCUUGACGGAACUUCCAGACGCCAAGAACGGCAGUCUGAGUGGCCUUACGUCUGCGAACAUCACACAAAUAUUCAGUCUGAUGCUUGAAUCUGAUCAUGGUCUGUUUACGAACACCUUAGAUGAGAACGUCAUUCGAACCCCAGCCUUCGACCUAUUAGCUUGGGCUGCAGGCAGUGGACGUUACGAUGACUUGUUCGAUGAUUCGACCUUGUCAGAUGCAGCUCAGCAAAUAUACAUGGGUGCAAUGCCUGACUUUGCUUCUAGGAAUUUGGUCAGACGUACCGCGACUGAAACAGCUUCGAGUGGACCUCUUGCAGUAACUACGUGGGCAGAAGAGAGGCUAUACACAAAUUGGGCGCCAGUAAUCAUUGUGAUUACAGGACUAGGAGUUAUGUCUCUGCUCACUGUGGCUCUUAUCAUCCUAUUGCCCGAAGAUGUGGUCCCAAGAGAUCCGAAUUCGAUCGCAGCUGCCGCCACGACUUUGACUCGAAGCGUUGAGCUAAAUCGUUUGCUCAAAAAGCUGCAGUCACCUCGAAAUAAAGGCAUUGCAGCGGCGUUGAACGGUUACGAGGUUGGCACCGCAAUAGCUACUGAGGAAGGGAGUGGCUCUAGAAGCUUCAAGAUUCAUAUCACCGAGGGCCGACCACAACGCGACGUUCAAGAGGUCAUACCAAAUUCGAAGAUGUGGAACCCAUUAUGGGCGAGCCUUCCGAUAUUCGUCAUUACAUUCCUGAUCCCGCUUGUCUUGAUCGCCGUACUUCAGGUCCUUCAAGACAAAUCAGACAAGCAUCAAGGCCUAACCACUGUACCUAAUGAUCGAGGUACUUUGAUCGCGUCUCGUUUUGUCCCAGCGAUUGUCGCAAUACUUGCCGCGGCCUUGAUCAACAACCUCGACUUCUAUAUUGCACUCUUCUCACCAUGGGCUAUGCUCCAUAAAACCAAUGCACCUGCGACGCGAAGUAUCAUGAAGAACGUACUGGGCCAUACAGCACCUAGUGCCGCUCUAAAUGCAGUCAAGGCACGACAAUGGGGUGCUCUUGCAGCUACAUUGGCAACCGUUUUUGCAAGCCUACUUACAGUAGUAAUAUCUGGCUUGUACCUUGUCGAGGAUUUCAAUACCGAAGGACCGAUUAGAAGUCUGUCACGACUGGACAAUUUCAAUCUCGACCAAAUCACAUCUUAUUCGGUAGACAACGACAAUCGUGCAGGAGCUAUGCUAAAUCUCAUUCAGCGCAACUACAGUUUCCCAACUGGCACAUACGGUGAAUUCGCGUUUCCUCGUGUGUCCCUUCUGCCAUUAGAUAGUGAUAUCCCUUCUGGUUCCAAGCUUAUUGGUGGUGCUCGAGGGACAUUGCCAGGCUUGCGAGGUGAUAUUACGUGCGAACCUCCAACAAACUACCAGAUAUCGACUGUUGACGCUGCAGUCCACGUAUCUGCUUCGUAUGUUCUACCAGAAUCAUGCCAAGACGGCAUCGAUACUCAAAACAGUUCGACUUUGACGUUCUCGACGGACUUCACUCCUGCCCAAGGACAAGCAGAAUUUGGUGGGAAACAAUUUGACCUUCGAUUCGGCACAAACUCCACUCAAUUUGGACAUCUUGGGGAAGCCAAUUCGUCGUUGGUUGGAAAUAAUCCUGCUGUUGGAUGUCCUUCGUUGGUCUUUGUUUGGGGAAAUUUUGAGCUUGGUAACGACGACCGAAGUGCCGUGAAUGUCGCCAUAUGUUACCAGAAGAUACAGAACAUCAACUUCAACGUGACCAUGCAGCAGAAUACGACAGAAAUUGCAACGAAACCCUUUCGACCAUUUGGUAACGAGAACUCAGCCAUAGCUCAACCUAAUCCUAAUGGUACCACAGAUGUGUUCGACUUUCGGAUACAGAACAACAUUGCUCGGCAGCUAGGGGACUUUGCUGGCUCGAACGUUAACAUUGAUCCUUUCUUCCAAUCCAUGAUUGUUGGCAGCAUUGUAAUGGACGUCAACAAAUUCCUUGGCAACCGGACUCUAGCGAUGAUGGCUAUCAGUCAUACGUAUCGAAUGUAUAUGGCUCAAGUUUUCAAUGCCAUGCUUAGAGAGCCUCUUUCGAACAGAAACGCCACCCUUCAGAGUCGUCAGCAAGCGAAUGUGGCUGACCUGCGGACUAUAAUCACAAGAGCACGACUGGUACAGGACAAUAUCACCAAAAACAUCUUACACGCUUUACUAGCGCUUUCUGCCAUUGGCAUCAUGGUCGGUUACGUUCUGACAAAGAUACGGAAUGUUCUUCCAUGCAACCCCUGCUCCAUAGCUGGCAUGAUGUCACUCUUAGCCGGCAGUGAUUUAUGCUACUCGCCAGAUGAUGGUGUAUGUGAAUGUUGUGGCAAGAUUCGUCGUAGCUUCCGCAGUGCAGACGGCCGCAUCCAGGUCGAGACCAUACAUGCUGACGACAACGAGCAUGCUGACGAGAAGGUGCAGGUGAUACCACCAGAAGCAGAAUGGAUGGACGACAAAAGCUUUGCACAGAUUUUCGAGAGUCGAAAGUAUAGUUUGGGUUGGUGGCAACCAUCGUCGAAAACAAAGAGAUACGGCGUUGACUAUGGAUCGGUUCCGACUGGUAGCAGAGGGGGAGACUGGUAUCUUGGAAGGAGAAGAGACAGUGAUAACUUCGAGUCAUUUACCGAACAAACACAGCACGAAGGACGUGGUAGGACACGAGCCUUAUCAGACGUCAAUGAAAGAGGCGCCUAUCAACGUGCUGCAGAUCCAAGUCCUGGAGUUGAAGCGUUUGAAUUGAGGCCUUUGGAUCCUCAUGGGGAUAUUGGGCGGGCUCAAAGGUUCGGCGAGGCGUAA